AUGUGUUUGGGAGUAGUUGUUGCUGGUAUGUUGGCCUGGAUGUUCCGCAAUUGGAACCAUUUUCUUCUGUUCACUGCGUUUUGCUGUUGUCUCGUGCUUUUGUUUAUCAGGUGGUUGCCGGAGUCCCCGCGCUGGCUGGCGUACAGGGGGCGUGAGCAGGAGGCGCUGAGCGUGCUGCGUCGGAUCGCCACCACCAACGGCUCGACUGUGCCUCCGUUCACCGCACAGGUGCUGCGUAGGCUGGCCAGGACCAGCGGCGAGAGGAGGGGAUUCCUCAGCAUCUUCAGUAGUUGGAAUUUUUUCAAAAAUACCUCGAUUCUACUUGUUUCCAGGUCAAUAGUCGCUCUGACGGUGUAUUCUAUGCUGCUGAGCGUGGGCAUCCUCGACGUGCAUCCCUUCAUCACGGUGUCAGUACAGGGCGUGGCGCAGCUCUUGGCGAUACUCGUGGUGCACUGCUACGUCUCUCGCAUGGGCCGUCGCUGGUCCUCCGUGGCAGCCCUGCUGCUGUCUGGCUUCGUGAGUGCUGCCAUAGUACUGCUUCUCUACGUUCGUGCUCCUGGGAUCGCGGUCAUGGCGGCGCUCGCCGCACUACAGUUCGUCGCAACAGCCGCAGGUGCGACAGCGAACCUGCAGAGCUUAGAAGUGCACCCGACGUGUGUGCGCCAGAUCACAACUAGCCUCGAGAUGGCUGCCAUCGGCCUCGUGAUUUCGCUGAUGCCUUACGUCAUAUUUAUGGGAGGAUCAGUGGACCAGCGACUGCCAUUCGCCAUCAUUGGGGGAGUCAAUGUCCUGGCUGCAUUCCUCAUGUCUUUCUUACCGGAAUCAGCGCUGCGGAAGUUACCUGAGACGUUGCAGGAAGCUGCAGUUUUUGGGAAAGAGCAGCCCUACUGGAGCUGGAAGCCUAAGCCCGCGGCCUCUUUCCUUGCAGAAGAACAGAAAUGCUUAAGAUCUACUGCAGGCAGACCUUUCCGGGGAGUUUUUUCUUCUCACAGUGAUGGCUGCUUCACUUGCCGCUGCAAGUGGUACAAGAAUGGUACUGCUACGGCAAGAUAG